UGUGUGUUAUUGCAAGUGCUCGUGAGUGCAGAAGGUUUAUCUCAAUCUCUCCAAAAUUGAUUUGUUCAAAUCGUUCGCGAAGCUUGGAGGCGGAAGCACUAGCGAAAGUGAAAGUGAUUGUGAGAGUGAGACCGAAAGUAAACCUUUGGCAUCGGUCACUGAAAUGUCAGCACCACAGCAACCUGCCCCAGCAGCCGGAGCGGCAACCGGAGUAGCAGUUACGACUUCAAAUGCAUUACAUAUCACACCGUUUAUCCCGGGGGAGACGUCUUGGGCUCGUUGGUUGAACAGAUUCGAGGGCGCUUUAAAAAUUAUGAAAAUCGAAAAUUCAGAUAAAGUAGUGUAUCUGCUCCAUUUCGUCGGCGAUACAGCUUAUAAUGCUUUGUGUGAUACUUUUGGUGAAACGCAAGUCGAUCAGAAGUCCUACGCCGAACUUGCGGCUAAGUUAAAAGAAUUGUACGCUCCUCCGGUGUUAGAAAUCGCCGAAAACUUCAAAUUUAAUUCGCGCAAACAGCUACCUGGUGAAAGUAUUCAAGAAUUUGCAACGGCUUUGACAAAAAUGAGCGCCAACUGUGGAUUCGGCGAUCACACAUCAAAAGCCUUACGUAACCAGUUUGUGUUUGGCCUUGCUACGCCUCGUAUACAAAGCAGGCUUAUAGAAACCAAAGAUCUCACUUUCGAAUCCGCCCUCUCUACGGCUCUUACAAUGGAUACUUGCGAUCGUGGAACUUCUUGUAUAUGUGACAGUGCGUCAGCCGUUAAUUACCUUAAUUCUCAAAAGAAGAGAUCUGACGCAUCGAAAAAGAAAAUUGCAAACUCUGCUCCAAAACAGCAAGUUCCUCCGGUGGAUUUUACUAAGCCCUACUGUUUCAGGUGUGGAAAUCCAAACCACAAAGCCUUCACUUGCAGACUACCUACGUUUACAGUUUGCCUUUCUUGCCAGAAACCUGGACAUCUAUCCAGAGUUUGCAAAUCUAAAUUUAAUCAAGUACACCAAGUUGAAGAUACCGAGUACACUGAUGAGGAUUACUACGGCGUGGAGAUCGUGGACAUUCAAAUAGUGGAUUCUGAGGACGUCAACUGCCUGGCUCUCCGUGAAAAGUUCAUCAAGCAAUUCAUCGUCAAUAACCAGAAGGUCGAGUUCGAGUUAGACAGCGGUGCAGCGGGCUCACUGAUGUGGCUCGAAGACGCAAAGAAGCUUUUCCCAAGAUCCCGGUUGCAGCGCGCCUCAAUACAAUUGGUAACAUACUGACUGGGACUUGUCUCACUAAAACUCAAACCCGACGCCAAGCCGGUGUUCUACAAGGCUCGGAACGUGCCCUUCCGCCUCGUCGAGCCAGUCGACUCAGCCCUGGAUAACUGGGAAUCUUACGACAUACUUGAACCGGUGCCCGCCUCUCUCUACGCAACUCCUAUCGUCCCAAUACUGAAGAAGGAUGGAGAUGUCCGCAUCUGUGGCGAUUACAGUGUCACCAUUAAUCCUCAACUCAUCAUCAACGACUGCCACAUGCCUACUACAGACGAAAUGUUCAUGGAUCUGGCGGUUUGUAUCUGUUUCGCCCGCAUCGACUGUUCUUGGGCCUACAUUCACAUGCCUGUCGAUGAGGCUACGGCGGACCUUCUUACCAUCAACACGCCCCGCGGAUUGUAUAGGGUAAAACGUAUGUUAUUUGGUAUAGCUGCUGCGCCAGCUAUU